UGUGAAUGUUACUGCUUGGGCCGCAGGUUGGGCCAGAAGCUCAGGAGCUCCCCGGAUUAAAUGAGGUUAAAUGGAGGUCAGAUGCCUUGCCCCAGCCUAGCCCGCAGGCCCUGCGCAGCCUCUGCAGGCUGCUCGGGAGACAGUUUUGCCGAGCCUCGGUUUUUUCACAUGUGGAGUGACAGAUGAACGGGACGAUAUACGCAAAUGAGUGUCAGCAGAUCAGACACCCAAAUUGUAAUUAUUGUCACUAUAAAUUAGCACUAACAAAGUUCACUGGGUGCCAAGCCUUGCAUGCUCAGCUUCUCCAGAAACUCCUGGCUGAACUGCCUUCAGUCAGAACAUUCUGCUUGUAAUGAAAGCUGGCUUUCGCCUAGUGCUCAGUCUGCUGAGUGCUGCUCCAAGUACUUUAAGUGGAUCAUCUCAUUUGAACCUCACAGUGGUCCCAUGAAGUAAUGUCAAUCCCAUUUUGCAGAUGAGGAGUAGAGGCUCAGAGGGGAUAAGUAACUUAGCCACUGUGCCCUCACCCUGCCCUGUCCUGUGACGCUGAUGACUGGUCUGUCUUUACUGGUCCUUAAGUUUCUUGAAGUCAGUUAUGUUUUUGGUUCCUAAAUAUGUGUCCAGUAUGAGUCAGGCUCACCAUAAAUCAGAUGUGAUCCUGCCCUCAGAAUCUCCUGCUGGGGGGAAAACCCUUAGACAAUUAUAAAACAGGUGGUAAGAGCUAUUCCUCCAUUUACCUCAUUUUAUGCAAAGCCUCCUAUGUGUGGAAGGUUUGAAAGAGAACAAGACAUAGUUCCUACCCUAGUCGAAUUUCCAGUUUAGCAGGGAAUAUAGACAUUAAACAAGCAAAUACACUCCACCGAUGAAUAUCGUGAUAGCAGAAUUACAGGAUGUUCCACAUAUCUACUGCAAAGACUGUUGGAAUUGUAACGCCCAGAAAACCUGUCUUAUCUGUCAGUGCAAGAAAAAUGAAGGACAAUGCGGCUGAUUGGCAUAAUUUAAUCCUGAAGUGGGAAACCCUCAGGGAUGCAGGCUUUACCACUGCAAGUAAUAUUGCCAACUUGAAAAUCAGUUUAUUGAAUAAAGACAAGAUAGAAUUAGACAGCAGCAGCCCAGCCUUGAAGGAAAAUGAAGAAAAGGUGUGUCUGGAAUAUAACGAGGAACUGGAGAAGCUCUGUGAGGAACUGCAGGCCACCUUGGAUGGGUUGACCAAAAUACAGGUGAAAAUGGAAAAGCUGUCUUCAACUACCAAGGGAAUUUGUGAACUAGAAAAUUACCAUUAUGGGGAGGAGAGUAAACGACCCCCUCUGUUCCACACUUGGCCUACAACCCAUUUCUAUGAGGUUUCGCACAGGCUCUUGGAGAUGUACAGGAAGGAGCUGCUCCUGAAGCACACGGUGGCCAAGGAGCUUGCACACACCGAGGAUCCUGACCUCACCCUGAGCUACUUGUCCAUGUGGCUGCACCAGCCCUACGUGGAGAGCGACAGCAGGCUGCAUCUGGAGAGCAUGCUGCUGGAGACGGGCCACCGACCUCUGUGACGUCCUGAGACGGCUGCAGACGCCGGCUCCUUCCACUUCUCAGCAGGCAGACAGUCUCCUGCUUAGGACCCAGUGCCGCAGGCCUGGAUCAGACCUCAGGAUCAGACCUUCUUGGGGUCUUCUGGCCAGAGCUUGUCACCAGCCCCGUGGCCUCUCCAGGCAUGCCCAUGUCCACAGCCCGCGGCCAGCCCCAUGUGGUGCCACUCAGCCUCCUCUGCCCCUCCUGGGAACCCGUCACUCAUGGGUGCUUCUGAGUAAAAUCAAUGAGUUUCUGAGCAGAA